UUUGAUGUGUAUUCGACUGUUCGAUUAUAAGGUGUUCAGAGUUUGAAGUUUUGCCAUAUGGUAUUCGAUUUUAUACGUGUUCGAUUUGAUGAAGGGAGUCUUAGGGGGAGAUCUGCCCAAACUGUAAUGAACUGAUAUAACUCACAAUAAUAACAGCAAAAUAUAGAGAAAAGAUUGGUUCUUUGAUUAGCUAAAUAAUCCGAUUUUGGUAAAUUGAUUUAUAAAGAAGAAAUAAGAAAGAUGAAAGCUUUACUAACGAUUGAUAAUGGUGGAAGGAUUACAAAGGAUAGGUUUAAUAGCUUAAGGCUAUUAAUCUCCAAUAGUGAGUUUAGCUCACAACCCUCUAAAAUGAGUGACUUGAGGUCACAACUCUCCACAAGUUUCAAUCCAAUUUUUGCCUACCUUCUUCUUUCUACCCUCUCUCUAUUUAUACGUAGUACUAAGGUUACAAACUACUAACCUAAUAAUACUAGAUUUCUCAAAUUGCCCAUACCAUAAUUGAUAACUACUAACAUGCUAAACUACCCAUAAUACCCUCCCCUAAGUCAGUUCAUUACACAAACCUUGGAAGAAGGAAAGAAGAUCGCCGGAACUUCCUCAAGGUUCCCCCAAACCUCCCUAGUUCCUUGCUUAUGCUCUUUUUAUGACAAGCUCCCUCCGUUUCGUAUGUAAUAAUCACGACACAUUUCUUUUACAGAGUAUGCUUGUUUCAUAAUAAUUGCAACACUUUCUUGUACUUACUAUUAUUUUAUUAUUUCUACAAUUCUACUUCCCCCUAACCCAUUUUUACAAAUAUUUUAUUUUUUGUAAAAGGAGUGCACGGGAGAGAGAUAUAUCAUUAGCAUAGAAGUAUAGAAGCCCAUUGGGAGUCUGACUAAUUCAAAGAAAGACUUGAUAAACCCCCUCAAAAAGGUAAUUUGUGAUGUUAGGACAAGACUCACAACAGCAUUUUCUUCUCACAUAACCGCGUAGAAAUUUCAAGCGACAAAAUCUACAUAGUAUAAAUCAUCUUGGCAAACUUAAUCCUCUACAAUCUUUUUAUCUACUUACCAAAUAAAUUACAGGAUAAUAAAACAAGAAGAUUUAUUUAGUACAAAUGGAGCAACUUCCACCUGGUUUUCGGUUCUAUCCAACUGAAGAAGAGCUCAUCGCCUUCUACCUCCACAAUAGCCAAAGACCGGAGCUGCACCGCGUCAUCCCUUCCAUUGAUAUCUACAACUUUGAGCCUUCUCAACUCCCAGGGCUAGCAGGAGAGCUAUGUCACAGGGACACCGAGCAAUGGUUCUUCUUCACGCCGCAGCAGGAGAGAGAAGCGAGAGGAGGGAGGCCUAAUCGGACUACUGCUUCUGGUUAUUGGAAGGCCACUGGCUCACCAAGCUACGUUUACUCAUCACAGAACAAAGUUAUAGGAGUGAAGAAAACCCUCGUGUUCUACAAGGGCAAAGCUCCUAUUGGCAGGAAAACUAAGUGGAAAAUGAAUGAAUAUAAGGCUACUAAGCAACAAGACUUUCAAACUAUUAAUGCAUCAUCUGUCACAACUUCUAUUCCAGAGCUGAAGCAUGGGCUUAGCUUGUGCAGGGUUUAUAUAACCUCUGGGUGUGCUCGGGCUUUCGACCGACGGCCACCAGGAACAAUCUCAAGUGACUUAAAUACUCAAAAUUACCAAGCUAUUCAAGCGAGUGGAAAAGGCUCACAAAGUGCUAAUGCCACACCGUUGUUAAUGGAGAAAAGUAGCUCAACUGACAGCUUUAAUUCAAGGUGUGAUGAUCAGGGGAACGUCCAAGAGGUUGGAGCUGGAAGCAGCUACAACUCUGAGUUUGAGCUCGCUGAAGAUGGUUUCUUGAGUGAUUGGAAACAACUAGGACAAUUUGGGGGUUGUUUCUUUUGAUAUAUCAAAUAUCAAAUCUCACAGAAGACUACUGGACAGAGAAAGGCAGUGGAAGCAUCAAAAGAAAGAAGUGAUUUUCUAUUCAACUACAAGUAUUCAAGUCUUCUUUGCAGCAAAUGAUCAUAUAUGAUGAAUUAGUACUUUGUUUAGUGACCAUUUCAUAUCCGAUCUAGCUGCUACUACCUCUGUUAAAAAAACAAACAUCAUUUUAACUUUUUUUACACUAUAUAUUUUAGCUUUGACCACUUAUAUUUACUAAUAUAGAACACUACCCGUAUAUGAUUAAUAUAAAUGAUAUGUGUUACAAUUCGUCAUUUGGAGCAAAAAAAUUUAUCCCAAAUUUCUAUCAACAAUUUGGAGCAUUGCACAUUUACACAAUC